AUGCAGCAGAGAAGACAGAAACCGAGGCAGUCGAGUGCUGGGAAGCGAGGAAGAAGUGCGGGAGCAGGGAGAGGGAAGGACGACGAGGGGGAGGGGAGACAAGAGCGCAUCGGUAGUAACCACCAGCGCACCCCACAGCCCCGAGGGGCAGCCGAUCCGGCCCGCGAGUUUCUCCCCGGCCGCCUCCAGCCGCUGCUCUCGGGAGGAGGAAGGAAGGGGUUCCCCGUCCAGGAAGCAGCAGAAGCGGCGGCCGCCUCUAGCCUCACCCUUCUCAGCCCCGCACCGCCCAUUCCUCACUCCCCGCGUCGCCGCGUCCCCGCGCCUCUCCCUGCAGACCCCCACUCGCCCACCCGCCCGCGGGGACUCCGCGCUGGCGCCCCCUCACCGCCUCUCCCGAGACCCCUAAUUCAUUCAGUAGCCGCCGGCCCCACCCGGCGCCGGCGAGGAGGGUCGGGACUGGGGCAGGGGCCCAGAGAGGGUGGUUCGCUCCUUACCUCUCUCCCGCACCUGGGAGCAGCCGAGCCUCUGCCCCCCGCCGCCGCCUUCAGUACUUGCGCCGCGCUGCUCGCUCCCAGUCCGAAAUGGCGGGGACCGGGAGUACUGGCCGAGCAGCCGCCACAGCCGCCGCCACCGCCGCCGCCGCCGCCUCAGCCGCCGCGGCCGCCGCCUAGGGAAAUCGAGUGCCGAGCACAGCGAUGA